AUGCCGGGUGCACAGCCAGGGCGGGAGAGGUUUCGGCGCAGCGAGUCAUUCCCGUGGAGCCGGAGGAGGCCUGUGUUAGGCCCUGCCCUGCGCUCCCGCGUGGACCCUCCGUGCGGGACGCUGAGCCUGGAGACCCUGGACGGCUCCGACCCUGACCCGCCAGAGGCGAGCUGCGAGAUCCGGUCUGCUGCAGUCCGGGAGCCGGAGGCCGAGCUUGCCAUGGACGUCAUCCUGGUGGGCUCCAGCGAGCUGUCACCCCCUGCUUCGCCAGGGCCCCGCAGAGAGCUCAUUGCGUAUGAAGUCAAGGUUAACCAGAGGGACAUAGAAGACAUCUGCAUCUGCUGCGGGAGCCUCCGGGCGCACACGCAGCACCCUCUGUUUGAGGGAGGGAUGUGCGCUCCCUGCAAGGCCACGUUCCUGCGCUGCCUGUUCCUGUACGAUGACGACGGGUACCAGUCCUACUGCUCCAUCUGCUCCUCCGGGGACACGCUGCUCAUCUGCGAGAACCCCGACUGCACCCGAUGCUACUGCUUCGAGUGCGUGGACACCCUGGUGGGCCCGGGGACCUCGGGCAGGGUCCAAGCCAUGAGUAACUGGGUGUGCUUCCUGUGUCUGCCCUUCCCCCGCAGCGGCCUCCUGCAGCGGCGCAGGAAGUGGCGGGGCUGGCUGAAGGCCUUCUGUGACCGCGAGCUGGGGAACGCACCAGAGAUCUACAAAACGGUACCCGUGUGGAAGAGGGGGCCAGUCCGGGUGCUGACCCUGUUUGGGGACAUCAGAAACGAGCUAACGAGUUUGGGCUUCUUGGAAAAUGGUCCUGAGCCAGGAAGACUGAAGCACUUGGAUGACGUCACCAAUGUAGUGAGGAGGGACGUAGAAGGAUGGGGCCCGUUCGACCUCCUGUAUGGCUCCACGCCCCGCAUCGGCCACGCCUGUGACCACCCUCCGGUGUGGUACCUGCUGCAGUUCCACCGCCUGCUGCAGUACGCGCGGCCCCGGCCAGCCCGCCAGCAGCCCUUCUUCUGGAUGUUCGUGGACAACCUGGUGCUGACUCAGGAGGACCGGACUGUAGCCACUCGCUUCCUGGAGGCCGACCCCGUGACCAUCCAGGACGUCUGUGGCAGAACCGUCCAGAACGCCGUGCACGUGUGGAGCAACAUCCCAGCCGUGAAAAGCAGGCAUUCAGCCCUGGGUUCCCAAGAGGCCCUGUCUUUGCUGGCUCAGGACAGGCAGAGAAUGAAGCCCCCCACCCAGGGGCCGGCCGAGCUGGUGAAGAAUUGUUUCCUCCCCCUGAGAGAAUAUUUCAAGUAUUUUUCAACAGGGCUCACUUCCUCUCUAUAAAUGAUUCAUUUUACCAUUAAAAAAAAAAAAAAGAAAAGAAAGAAAGACUUCCUAGAACAGGGCAACUUUCCUUGCAUAGUUUCUGUUUUUUCCUCUUCAAAUUGUUCUUUUAUUUGAGUGACUUUGGAUUUCCCAAGGUUGCCCCAGACAGAUGCACCUCCUUCCCGGUGUGGAGAUGCAGGCGUGGCCUGGCCCCGCCUCGUGGGGCCGAGGUUCUCGGCCUCUAACCGUGGACAAGACCUUGCUGCUACGAAGCUGCUGGA